GCAGAGAUCAUUCGCUCGAAUUAGUUUCCCUGAGCUUUUUUUCUUCGCUUUAACUGCAUCCAGCCAUGAACGUGAAAGUAACUGUUGCGAGUGUUUUCUUAUUUAUAGCUUUAAAAAUUAAUUCUGUGACAUGCCUGCAGUGUCAUGUGUGCAACAGCAUGAACGACCCCGGUUGCAUGGAAAUCGGAAAAAACAACCAAUUCCUACAGACAUGCUCCAGUCCCAGCGACACGUCCUGUAGAACACAGGAGCAAUGGGUGGACUUCGAUGUUCUAGGACAAAAGAGUUCGAUGCGAGUGAUCCGGCAGUGCGCUACUAACCAGUACGACGCUGACCGGCCUUGCUAUUACCGGACUGGCUUCGGUGGCAAGACCAAUGUGUGCAACUGUCAGGGCGACGGAUGCAACGAAGCUCCCAGGAACAUGGCCUCGCUCCUGCUCAUGGUGCUGGGGCUCUACCUUCUAAAGAAGCUCUUCUAGACCAGACCACAGACCACAAAAGAACAAUCAGUGUUUUCCCUCAAAACUCGACUGUCUGACUGAAAUCUCAUUGUUUAAGAAAGCAAUAUCCACGUCUAUUGUGAAGGAACUACAGUAAAACCUCUGUAAUGCAUACAUUUAAUGAUUUGCUUUGGAAAAAGCAUGUGAACAAUAUCUGUCUUGCAUGGUUAUGGAGUUAUAUUUAUUAUUUUGGCAAAAGAAACUAAAUCUUAUAACCGUCUCAUAUAAAGCCUUUAAACAUCCAAAGCCAUCUGAAGUUGUUUAAAUUAUGCCAAGGACUUGAGGAAAUGUUCAAGCUUUUUGGUACAGUGGAGUGCCGCCUACAUAGAGUUAGAGACCUUAGACGAAGUCCUAAGUACAAGGUUUCAACAUUCUACGGCUAAUCGUUUUUGGGACUAGGGAGAAACGUACGUUCAAGCAUCAUGUUGAAAAGUCAAUAUUGAUGUAGGAUUGAAAUGAAAAGUUAAUCGAGUUGGAAUUUUUUCCUGAAAUCACUUCCACUAUAAGCGUGUAUUUUCUUGAACAUACACAGGCAUGGAGACCAUUGCAGAAAGUUAUUUUUGAACAGAAUACCCACACCUAAUUCCUGAAAAAUAUUUUACUUCCCUUUUCCUAAAAGUAAUCAUAAUUUUAACAUCAUGGCCGAUAUCCAUUUUCAAUUAAACGAAAAUAAUGAACUUGCAAUUCAAAAAAAGGCGAAAUGCAAACUUAUUAUUAUUAUUGUUUUUUUUUUUUUCUUUUGAGGAUAAAGGAAAUUUUUUAAUCUUCAAGGGAUGUUAAAAUCCAGAACACCCCUGUUAACUGUGACCACGCGCACAAGUAUCAGUAGAAAAGAAAUACUGGUACAGUGGUGGGGAAAUGAAACCAUGCUGAAAAUAUUGUCAGGUCCCUAAAUAUGAGAGGUUUUACCGUAUUUCUGAUGUUCGGAAGAGGAAUACUACUGUGGGCAGGAAAACGGCAGCAUAUGCAGAAAUGAGUUUUCGAGAUAUUUGAAGAAACGCGGUUUGGAAGGAAGGGGGGGGAGGGGAAUGUUGGAAUUAGACGUUUUUCUGACACUUGUUUUUCAGCGGAAAUUAAAUAAGCAUGCUUAUUCAGUAAAGCUUAACGUACAACAGAAGACAAAAUGCAAGAAAAUGAAGAUGAAAAAUUUGCAGUUACUAUCCUUUACCUUCCCUCGGCAGAAUAAGCCAUGAGAGAUUUGCUAAAAUAUAACUCGGAAGGAAAAGCCAGCUACUCUAAAUUCGCCCCUUUAACCUCAAUAUAGGGAUCAUUCAUAUAACUUGUGACACUGCUAGAGGAAGAUAUAAUGCAUUUUUUUUUUUUGCAAAACAAAAAAUAAUUGAAAUAAUAAGAAUACUGGGUUUUAUACCGUUUGCUUCUUGCAAGUUCUGUCAAUAACGCAGGUACAUUUUUAAUAACAGAAAUUUUUACGUAAAUGCGCAAAUAAUAAAAUGUAAAAAAGAACGAAAAAAAUUCGACUGGAACUUGCAUCUUAUGCAAGAGUUCCUUAAGCACCUUCCUGGACAGUUCCUUAGUUCCUUAAGUAGUUAAAGGGUGUAAUUUUCUGAUCCAAGAUCACUUUAUGUAUACUUUAAAAUCUCAUGGGGGGGGGGAGGAGUAAAAAAUUAGUGAAUAUUUAUCGGAUGUAGUAUGCCACUUAAGCUUUUGAGCUCGAGGCGGUAUAACAUUUCCACCAAAAUCAUUUUGUUCUUAGAGGACAGGACUCGAAACUACAUUGUUUUCCCUUGAAAUUUUAGCUUUUUCUACAAUUUCGACAAUGUAAACCCUCUGAGAAAUCACCAGUUCCAAGGAUCUAGAAUUAACCGCCUGGCAACAAAAUUUAAUUGCGUAGCCGGUAAAAUUACGAGUACUUAAGAAGCUGUACUUCUUUGAAAAUUAAAUUAGUUUCUCGUUAAAAAAACUCAUUUUUGAAUAAUAUUUUCAGAGAAUGAAAAUAAACCGUGAAAGUUACAAAAUAUAUCGUAAUUGUGAAAAAAAAAAGUUUUUAUUCAUCAAUAGUGUACCAUACAUGAGGCAUUCAUAGCUAAAAAUGGAACUAGGUCAUUUUGACUUAUUCCGCUUUAGCUCUGAAAGCCUCAUUUAUGAACGCAACGUUUCAUUGCCGAAGUUCAGACGAAGUUCAUUGCUACGUUCAGAGCUAAAGUGAACCAAGGUGAAAUAUACUUGAUCUAUUUUAGCUGUAACGCCUCAUAUACUUAUUCUUCAUCUAGUUUGAUUGAAAAUUUCUGUAAAGCCAAGUGAAUAAAGUUUUUU